AUGCCUGCGCACUACCAACCCAUCUACACGUAUCAAACAACGAGAGCUGCUGCUGCACGCAACCACGCCAUCCUCCGUCUCGUCGCUCUGCUCACCUUCGUAGCUCUCUCCUCCGUCGUCUUUCUCUCCUUUACCGACUACGUCUACUGGAGACACAGUCAACCUCCAAGUCACAUUCCCUCUACCACGCAACAGUCUCUUGCUGCUAUGACGACAUCAUCCAAUGGAACCGGCGAUAGCAAGCCGCCAUCGCUCGACGAGUUUCUCGUCCAAGCAAAGAAGCAUGCCUUUGACCACCUCAAACAACCAUCCAGCUCCCAAGGCACGCUUACACUCAUCAUGGGCAAUGAGGCUGGCGAUCUCGACUCUGCCUCGUGUGCCAUCGCGUUGAGCUAUCUUCUCUCCAGGUUCGGUCCACCUACCGGUUACAACCUUCCACAGUCCACCUACGUCCCGUUGAUACAGAGCCUGCACACCGACGACGUCUUGCGUCCCGAAAACACGGCCGCUUUCCGUGCCUCGGGGAUCAACCCCGAGCACAUCUUCUUCCUCGAUGACGUCCAGAACACGCUCGCACUCGACCUCGCUUCCGACGCGUUCUCACCCUCAGCAAACGUGUCCAUCGGACUGGUCGAUCAUCCAUCCCUCACAGGGCCCUGGGGCGGAGCUAGGGCGGCCAACAGGAAGGUCGACAUCGUCGUCGACCACCACGAAGACGCUGGUGACCACGCAGACGCUGCACUGAGGAUCAUCAAAUCGCCAUCCAAAGAUCCCGUCGGCAGCUGCAGCAGCCUGAUCGCCGAUCUGUUCGCCCACCGCUUCUCCACCGCCUCUCCCACGGACGUCGGCAUGCGCCAGGUAGCCGACCUGCUCAUCAGCGCCAUCGUCAUCGACACCGACAACCUCCGCGAAGCACCGCGUGGCAAAGCCACCAAGAUCGACUUUGACGCCGUCAAGACCCUCUUCCCCGCUUCAUCCUUCGGCCACCCGAGCACAGCCGAUUCCAUCCGCGAAACGGCGCUCUCUUUCUCACCGCUGGCCAACACCUCGGAAGUAGCGUCGAUCCAACCGAUUCAGUCUAUCGAUCCGUCGACGGACAUCGAUUCGGCGACGCACAGUGCAAAGAUCAUCCUGGCGCCGUUCUGGCAGAUCCUGGCUGGGUCUAAGCAGGCGGUAUCGCAUCUCAGCGGUCGAGAUUUGUUGCGACGUGAUUACAAGCAAGUUGAUUUCACCACUGAUUCUGUAGCUGGAAUCUCGCUCAAACUCGGAUUCGCCUCUGUACCCAUCAGCAUCGCGGAAUGGCUUCACAAGGAUCGACCCCACCCGCGACUGUCCGAUUCUCCCGAUCCCAAGGGCGAAGUGAAACAGGCUUGGGCGGAAUGGUGGAGUACGCUGGACGAGUUUAUGCACGAACGCGAGAUCGAUAUCGCCGUCAUGACGGGGAGCUUCCGUGUAGCGCAGGGCGAGGUGGAUGCAGGGAAGCACAGGAGGGAGUUGGUGUUGGCCUUUGCUCCGAGGACGUUGGAGCAGAGCAAAGCGAGCGUGUUGUGGGACGAGUUGAGGAGAGGGUUGGAGGCGGACGAACAUGUGGACAAGAGCGAGGUGGAGAGGAGGUUGAUGUUGGAGCAGCCGUGGAAGGGACAACGCUUGCCCGAGAGUGCAGGCGGGAAGAGGGAGAGGGUCAAGGGAGUGGACGCUGAGGGCAGAAGGGAUUCGGCCGACAAAGAGGGGAGACCAAGGUGGGCCAAGGUGUACAAGCAGGCCAAUGCGAGGGCCAACAGGAAGAUUGUGUUGCCUGCCGUCAUGACCAUCCUCAAGUCGGCGGCGAGAAAGUUGUAG